AUGGCAAAGUUCAUUGCCGUCUUAAUUGUAUUUCACUUUUUGUUUACUACUCAAUUUUCCAGUACAAAGGAAUUAAUAAAUCCAUCAGAUCCAAUCCACAAGAAAGGACGAGAGGGUUCACUUAGUAUUGGAGAGUGUCUGGCUGCAUGUAAAUUUCGAUGUUCAGCAACAUCUCACAAGAGUGCAUGUUUGAUGUAUUGUAACCAAUGUUGCAAGAAAUGCUUGUGCGUACCAUCAGGAACAUAUGACAAUAAUGGAGAAUGUCCUUGCUACAACAAUUUGAAAACUAAACAAGGUGGACCAAAUUGUCCAUGA